AAAAAGCGUUCAUUGUCCAUUGUUUGUUCCUUGGCAACAGCACAUAAAUCUCAACAAACCUCAUAAACUAAUCAAAUCUCUAACCACCAUACCAUCAUGGCACACGACAACAUCUCCAACGACCAACCACCACCGGAAACACCCCUCCUCCGCCGCACCUUCUUCCAUCUCCCAUCAACCCUCAAACUCAAAACCACCCUCUGCUCAGAACUCUCCGGCGCCGUCGGAGACUUAGGUACAUACAUCCCCAUCGUCUUAGCCUUAUCACUAGUCAACAACCUUGACCUCACAACCACACUCAUCUUCACUUCACUCUACAACAUCACCACCGGCCUCUUCUUCGGUCUGCCUAUGCCAGUCCAGCCUAUGAAAUCCAUUGCAGCAGUUGCCAUCUCAGAAUCACCACCUCUCACCAUUCCUCAAAUAUCUGCAGCUGGUUUAUGUGUAGCUGCUGUCCUUCUCGUGCUCGGUACAACCGGUUUAAUGUCAUUUCUUUAUCGUUACCUUCCUCUUCCGGUUGUUCGCGGUGUUCAGCUCUCUCAGGGACUCCAGUUCGCCUUCUCUGCUAUUAAAUAUAUUCGCUAUCAACAAGAUUUAGCUUCUACUUCAGCUAAAACCGAUACAGUCCGUCCUUGGUUUAGUUUGGACGGAUUGGCUAUUGCUCUUGUUGCCGUUCUGUUUCUUGUCCUCACCACUGGUGCUGGUGAGGACAAACAUAAUUCAGAACGACAACAACAACAUGGAGAAGAAGAAUUAGACUCUGUUGUUGUUCGGAGAAAUAAAAUUAACCAAAGGUUGAAGAUUUUAUCGAUGAUACCUUCGGCUUUGAUUGUGUUUUUGUUUGGAUUGUUAUUGUGUUUUAUUCGUGAUCCUUCGAUUUUUCAUGAUUUGAAAUUUGGGCCGUCGAAGAUUAAGCUUGUGAGAAUUACAUGGGAUGAUUUUAAAGUUGGAUUUGUUAGAGCUGCAAUUCCACAAAUUCCUUUAUCGAUUUUGAAUUCAGUAAUUGCGGUUUGUAAACUGUCCGGAGAUUUAUUUCCCGACAGAGAAGCUUCUGCUAUGAAGGUUUCAGUGAGUGUUGGAGUGAUGAAUUUUGUUGGUUGUUGGUUUGGUGCUAUGCCUUGUUGCCAUGGAGCUGGUGGAUUGGCUGGUCAGUAUAGGUUUGGAGGUAGGAGUGGUGCUUCUGUUGUUUUUCUUGGGGUUGGUAAAUUGUUGAUUGCUUUGGUUUUUGGGAACUCUUUUGGAAGAAUUUUGGGUCAGUUUCCUAUUGGCAUAUUAGGGGUGUUGCUUUUGUUUGCUGGGAUUGAAUUGGCUAUGGCUUCUAAAGAUAUGAAUAGUAAACAAGAGUCUUUUAUUAUGUUUGUUUGUGCUGCUGUUUCUUUGACUGGGUCUAGUGCUGCUUUAGGGUUUUUUGUUGGGAUUGUACUUUACUUUUUGUUGAAAUUGAGGGAGCUUGAUUGUGGUGAUGGAUUUGGGUUCUUGUCCAAUUCCAACAAGACUAAAUCCUCUAAGGAUGAAGAAACUCCCUUAAUUGCCUAGACAUUUUGGUUUGGGUUUUGGUUCGGAUGGAGUGCCGAAUGGAUUCAUCAAAAUCAGGGAUUUUCUGCAUUCACGCAGUCAAUAAUUUCUAGUAAGUUUCAUAAAUAUUUUUAAAUUUAACUUGGUGAGUUCGAAACCAAGAUGUUGAUUAAAUGCGGAGAAUUCUUGACUGCAGAGAAUCUAGAUCCGUGUCAAUUGGAGACAGUCUUGAAAAUGAUAACAAAAGCUGUGAUCAUUGGAAGAAGAAAAAUUUGUAUAAGUACAUAUAUAUCUUUUCCACCUUCCUCCUGUCAAAUAAUCUUGGCUAUAUUUGUAUUGUUGUAAUGUUCAAUUUAGGGUGUAAAACAUAUGUGUAUAUUUAUUUAUAGAUAAAAGUUCAUCCUUUUAUGUAUGAGACUUUUGCCAAGAUGUGCUGGUGCAAUGGGGAACAUGGUUUUGUAGGACCCUCCCCUCCUAUACUGCGGACUCAAAUCAUGUGUUUGGAUGUAGUAGAAGGAAUCUGUUAUGAUUCAUAGGCAGGCACAUAUUAAGGAAAUUUCAUUCAGAUUGUAGCAAAUCAUUAUAGCCCACAAAAGCAUACUGAAUGAGUGAGUGUUUAGCA